UCGUGAGGUUUGGAACUUUCGUCACAGAUUGUCAUUCUCUCUCUUAUCCAUGUUUAUCACAUGAAAUGGAAAUUUUGUGUCAAAAACGUAAGUCCAUUAUAUUGAUUACAUCGUACGAUUAUUUUAUUCUUUUUAUAUACUGAUCACAUGCUGAUUACUAUUAUUACGGAUAAAAUAUUUACGUCCUUGUCCGAUAAGCACGAAUAGAAAAGGACAAACAUCGUGUUUGUAUUACCCGCCGAAAUUGAACAAUACGGAACGCCGACUGUCAAAGUUGUCGUUAAAUUUUAACGGCUCCGAUAGUUUCCCGUAAAUUUUUCAAAGAGGAUUUUUAUCACUUUUUGAUAUUUUUGUGGGAGAUUUUCUGUGUUUACUGAGUUAUUUGUGAUUUAAUUUGUGUUUAAAAUGCCGUCCCGUUUUAGUGAAAACGAACAACGGCUCAUAUUAAAAGUUAUCCAGUAUUUCAAACUCGAAAAAAAUGCUGGAAAACCCCUUUUGCCUGUGUCGGCUGUUUACGAUGUAAUUGGACAACUAUCAAGUUAAUAUUUUUUAACUAAAUCGAAAAUAUUCACGUGUUUUAUAGAGAGCAUCGGAGGCUUUAGGAAUUUCACGCACGACUGUGCAAAGAAUCAGUUCUAGAGGAAUCGUGACAGAUGAAGAACAAAAAGCAGCAACAAGUCAUAGAAUUGCUUUGUCCCGUGGAAUUCCUGCUUAUAAGAUACAUGAACAUACAAUUAGAACACGUAUUUAUUCAAUGUAUGCUGCAGGUAGGCUACAAUAAAUUUAUUAUUGUUUAAUAUUAUAUGUAUCUAAUUUUUCACUGUAUGGGAUUAUAUAGGGGAACAUAUUACAUUACAAACUUUGCAAGCAAACCUUCAAAACAUUGAUGAUGUUCAGUUGUCUCUGACUAUGUUGGGGAAAGGACUUAAAUAUUUGCAGUUUAGAUGGCAAAGUUGCAAGCAUUCUAACAGGAAGUAUUUAAUGGAGCAGCCAUAUAUUGCACAGAAGAGACUGCAAUUUUUACGACAAUAUAAAGAAAAUCAAAUCUCUGAUUGUUCUUUCAGACCAGUAUUUCUUGAUGAAACCUGGAUUUACAGUAAGGGUGGAUUUAGAAAGAGCUGGCAAGAUGGCAGUCUACAAACAGUUCGUAAAACAUCUGGAGAAGGAGUAAGGUACAUGUUUUUUACAUAUUCAUUGGUUCACUUAUAGGUCAGUUAGAAGGGAACAAAUAGAGAUACAAACAAUAAUAUAUGAUAACUGUUAAGUUGUUUCUAGUAAGUAACAUAUGAGCCAUGCACUGCACAACUCAGUUAACUCCACUUUUAAAAAUUUUUAAAUUUAAGUGUAAAACCAAUUGUAAUAUUCAAACAGUUUUCCAAAAAAUAGACAAAUAGACAAAUAAUAACCUCUGAUGUUUGGAAAAUGUUAAGUUAUUAAUAUACCAACUGGAUUUACACUUAAAUUUAAAAAUUUUCAAAAUGUAUUGUUCAUCACUUAGACAAGGAAAGGGGGGGACGGGCAUUACCAGUAGAAAUUUUGUGAUGGAAAAUCGCUAGGCUCCAUGCCAAGGCCGUUUGUGAAAAGUGAUUCCUAGUUCUUUCUCUCAUUACAGAUCUUAGAAUUGUAAGCACAACAAAACACCAUACUUAAAUAAUAAUUAUUUCAAGUCUUUAAAAAGCUUUUUACAGCACAAAAUACAAAAAAACACACAAUUUUUAGGAGCCAAUCACAAAAUUUGAUAUUGGCCGUAGAUGUCGAUUACGCGUCCCCUCUCUUUGCUUGUCUAAGGUGCAUGAGCAGUAAACAGCUGAUAUAACGAUAAUGUUUCUAACCUAAAGAGUGAAUGCAAAGAAAAACAUAAAACGUUACAUCUGCAUAGCAACAAGUGUGCACCAAUAAAUGCAUGGGAUUAUAUCGAUUACAUUGUAGUUUAACUGUAAAGAAAUGUACCUUGUACUUCAUUUUUGGGUAUGUAUGAUAGUGAUUUUUUAAGGUAUAUUGUAUUGCAUGCUGGGUCAGAAGAUGGAUUUGUGGAGAAUGCUAGCUUAGUUUUCAAAUCAGGCACUAAAUCGGGUGACUACCAUGAUUCCAUGAACUCCAAAUCAGAGUUGGAGUAAGGAAUCCCUGAUUAAUUUCUUGCAAGAAAAGGGAAUCCAAUCACCACCUCUGGCAAUGAAAGAUCAGAUUUGGAAUAUUGUCAAGCAGAAUGUUGCACCUAAGAAAUACAAACUGGACGAAUUAGCCAAUGAGAAAGGACAUCGUGUGUUGAGACUUCCUCCAUAUCAUUGUCAGUACAAUCCCAUCGAAAUGGUAUGGUCAGAAUGCAAGCGCUACUAUGAUGCCAAGAUUAGUGCCAUUCAUCCUGUUACAAGUGAUGCAGUAUUAGGUCUUUGGAAAGAAGCACUUGAGAAGGUUACACCAGAGAAAUGGAAGAAUUAUAUCAGACAUACCAAUAGCAUAAUCGAUAAAGCCUGGGCCCAAGAACAACUGAUUGAUGCCUCCGAUAUUCUACCUGUAAUUAUCGACACGAAUGAUUCCGAUUCAGAUGAGGACAAUUAUUUAACUGAGGGAGAAGAAAGUGUGUAGUGUUUAGUGUCUAGUAUUAUUUUUCAUACAUAUUGUUUUAUGUUGUACAGUGUGAGUCAGUGACAGAGUAAAGAGUAAAUUUAAUUAGUAAAUUAAUUUUAAAUAUAGAGGGGACUCCAAAAAGUGAGGCAGAUAUAUAUUAUAAAUAAUGUUAUAUACCUAGAACUAAUAGUUUUCUUAAUAUUUAUUUAAAAAAAUGUGUUAUGCCAGCACCGACAUGGUAGUGGCAUUGUGUAAAAACUUUUCUAUGCUAAUCACUGGUAUGAAAGUAUUUACAUAUUGCCACUACCAUGCCAGUGCUGGCAUACCAGUUAAAUUGGCGAUAGCUACAGUAUAUAAUAAAUCAACAAUCAAUCUUUAUAUACAAAGGUUAUAGAAUUUUGGGCAGAAUCUAAAUAUAAAAUAAAAAAUUAUUGUAUUGGGUGUUACAUUAAAAAAAUAUUAUAUCUGCCACACUUUUUGGAGUCCCCUCUUAUUUAAAAUUAAUUUUAAAUUGUGUACCUGAUAGCACAGGAUCAGGUUGCAGGAUUAUUAAGCUCAUAAUGUAAUUAAAAUAUAAUUUUUAUAUAUAUUUGUGAAUAGGGUAAUACACUUUUAACGGGAUGCCAAUCAAAAAGUGGCCACAAAUAGGGGUUGCCACAGUUCGAAGUCGUUCCUACUACUUUAUCCGGGUCCGGCAACAGUGAGUCAGGCAUCUGUUGCUCCUAUAAUAAAAAAAAUUGUAUGAAUGCAAACUGAAAGUAUGUAUUAGGAAGUAUUUCAUGAAAAUAUUUUAACUUCUACAGGGUGGGUCAAAAAAGUAAGCGAAUCGGAAUGAUUUUUUUA